AUGUCUAAAAUAGAAGAGCUGCAACCAUCCGAUACUGAUGAUCAUUCCUAUUCUAGUACACCGGGAGAUGUAUUUUUAGCAUUUGUGGACGCACCUGUUAAAGAGAAUGAUGAAAUAUUAAUUGAAGAUAGUUUUAUUGGUGGUGAACCUAAGUGGCUACAUCCGGAUUCGGAACCGUCUGCUGAACUAUUGAAAUGUGGUGCUUGCAAAUCAACGGAUAAUAUGAAACUGCUACUGCAAGCUUUUUCGCCGCUAGAUGAUGAACAGAUGGGGGCCAUACAACAACGGAUCGGUAUUGAUAAUAUGAACUAUAUCAAUCCCCAGGAUGACAGAGUAUUAUAUGUCUUCCUCUGUACCAAAUGUCAAAGGAAGGGCAAUUCAGUUCGCUGCAUCAGAGGACUAAAGAAGAAUAAGAACGUUGAUAGUCUUUCUGAAAAAAUGGCGUCAACUUCUUUGGAAAAAGAUUUCCAAAUUAAUCCCUUUGACUUAUCAAACAAUUCGGAAUCUAAAUACAAUGCCUUUUCAAGCAACCCAUUUGGAGGUGCAAGUGCUAAUCCUUUUGGAGCUGAUAGCAUUAAUUCAAAUGUAUCGCAAAACAAGGAAGAAGGGAAAAAGAAAGAAUCUGCCAACAUUUCUGCAAAGGCAGCGAGAAAAUUACAUGAGUUACAAAAGGACAAAGAAUACGAUGAAAGUAAAUGCUUCAAAAGUUAUUUGUUGUAUGUCGAAGAGGAAACCUUUAAAAAUAAAAAGCCAGCUCACUUGCAGCUGCCAAAAAAUUUAAAGAUCGAUAAAGAGGCAUUGGAUUUGACAGGAGACGAGGAUCUCGAAAAAGAUCCGGUCAAGUUGGACCCUAGAACAGAGAAAUUAUCCAAGUUUCUUGAUGAUGACACAUUUCAAAAAUUUCAAGAGGUCGUUGGGUAUAACCCAUUGCAAGUAUUACGUUAUGACUUAGGCGGAAAACCCUUACUAUACGCUGAAACAAAAGUUGAUAUUUCAAGCACAGUUCCAGUACCUGGCUACAACCCAUCAAGUCAAAGAAUCUUUGAAAUGCAGUUGAUGCCAAAAAUGAUUUUUGAUCUAGAAGAAGUAGUGUCUGUUGAUAAUGGAAUGGAAUGGGGUACUAUCCUCGUUUUCACUGAUGUUGAAAAUUAUAUCCCUGAAUUUGAUGAACAUGGUGUCGGCUAUGUAGAAGAAUGUGUAAAGGUUCAGUGGGAAUCGAGAACGUGA